CCUGUUUUAAGCAACUAUGAAUAAGUUCUAGACAUCAUGUUUAAAUUACUUGUUUUAGUUCAAGCUCUCAUCCAGGUUAUAACCAGCCAGUGCAUAUGCAGCGAAAAAAUCUCUAAUUGGGCCGGUAUAGUAAGUCCUAUGUCACCUGGAGGCUGUUCUGGAAUUCCACCUGUAAACUUGCCAUGCAACCAAUAUCAAUCACUAGAUAUAACUUCUUUAUCUACCUCAGGUUGUGGUCUGAACACUAGAAGUUCUUCCCCAAUUGCACCUGGAGGUCUAUCUAUAACAUCGGAGAAUGUCAUUGAAGGACCGGUCUCCGUGUAUGGGCAGUUGCCUUUCCUCAGUGCUGUAUCGUUCGAAGGAUCCAUGCCUACUCAUGGAUAUGGUAGUGUUUCGUAUGGCUGUGGAAAUGGUAAUGUUGGAAUUUUGAGUGAAACAUCUGGAUUGGAAUCUGCAUACGAAACGUCCGUGAGAUCGUAUGAAAUCCCAUCUAUCAGAGGUCUAGAACUUCCUGGCAGAUCAUCUUUGGAUAUUGCUUCAGUCAGACCAGGUUGUGGACGCGGGCUUGUUCCAGCAUUUUCUGCAAGGCCUUGCGGUUGCCAGUAUUGAGACUUGUAACUACGGUUUUUAUAUGAACUAUUUUCAUUGAAUAAAUAUAUCAUUUAUUGGGAA